AUGCAAUACCCCAACUUUUUUCGAGUUAUUUUGACAUCAUUCGAUGAACUAAUUCAAAUGAGACGUAAUCCAGACUUCAGAGUCAAAGAUUUACUGGCUUUUGUCUAUGUUUAUCCUGAUUGUAGUUAUCUAGAAAAUUUACCGCGAUCUUUAACAGAGGAACGAUUGCGUGAAAUCAUUAGUAAAGCAAUUGGAAAGUCAUCAUUGUCAUCUUCGCUUCUCUAUAUUCAAAUCAACCGGAAAACAGGUAACGCAUGUAUACUAGCUACUGGCCUAGGAGCUGUUUGGUCAGCGCAAAGUUUCAUUAUGAUCGACGGUAAAACAUUUUCAAGGAAGACCAGUCUUACAUGUCGUGUUCGUAUAUAUCCUGUUUCUACAUCGGCACUACAACGUACAAUUCUUGAUUGCUCAGAGUUAGCGGGCAAAGUUCUUCAUAAUCAAUUGCAGGGGACCAAUCUUAUUCUUGAAUUGUCUGACAAAACAAAGUUUGACGAACUCAUCACACGUGGCGCUAUUCGCAUCAGUGAUCAACGCUGCUUUCAUGUCGAAGCUCAUCACGCUUCAUUUCUUGGUAAUUCUAAUGAAAUCGAUGAAAACAGUUGGUAUGAAACGGACAUGCUACAAAACCCAGCAGAUAUUAUGCCAUUCGUUGCAGAUCCAAAACAUGUUAUCUUUGAUUACGAAUGGAAUUCACAGAUAUGGCUUCAGCAAUUUCAACGUCUAGCUAAGGAAGAUAUUCACUCAAACAGCAGAUAUGUUCAAGAUCGAUGGGGUUCAUCGAAUGAUCAAAUUCGACACAAACUACGAGUGACAGUAAUGUUAAAUACAUUAGGGGUGGUUCGAAAGCAAAGCUAUAGAGUUAAUGGUCAAGAAGUAAGGCUGAAUAUUGAUAAUUCGAUGAAGACGAUUGUCUACGAUCAUCGAUCCAAGUUAGGACAAUGUGGCAAAUUACCAAUUACAAAAACACCCUAUCGUAGUACUCGUGUUGAUGUUGUCAACAAUGAUUGCCUUCUCAUUUACGAGCAACUAGUUAGUAACGGGUGCAAUCCACUUCUUCUCAACAUGGCCAAUGCUUAUACUCCUGGAGGCGGAUAUCGAAAGGGUGACGGUGCACAAGAAGAGAACCUAUUUCGACGCUCAGACUAUUUUCGAAGUCUCGAUGUUCCGCUGGAUCAGUUGUUACCACGUGUCAGUCAACGUUUUCAUUGCUCGUCAUCUGGCCAACUUAAUUCUCUCGCUGACUCAACCAAGAUGUACCCAAUGAGUGAGUUUGGUGCCAUCUAUACGUCCGGUUUGACGGUUUUCCGUCAACCUGAAACAACAGGCUAUGCUUUUAUGAACAAACCACUUACAAGCGUAUGUUCAUUGGCAAUGGCUGCUUAUCGGGACCCUAACUUAGAGGGUGAUCAUUUGUCUGCAAAGUAUGCUGCUGCAACACGAAAGAAGAUUGAAAAUAUAUUCGCUAUAGCCUAUCACAAUAAGCAUGAUAGUCUUGUAUUGUCAGCCCUGGGUUGUGGUGCAUUUAGGAAUCCACCAUAUCACAUUGCAAGACUGUUCGUCUCGGUAAUCGAUCAAUAUGCUGGAUUUUUCAAAACAAUUGUUUUCGCUAUUCUUGAUGAUCAUAACACCGGUAACCAUCUAAAUCCAGACGGUAAUUAUCAACCAUUCAAAGAUAUUCUGGACGCAAUGGUAGCGAUUCCGUUAGCACCAAUGAAUAUUACCAACACAAUGUUCGGUCCAUAUCGGCUGAUGUCAAACGAUUUAUCUGUCAGUGAUGUUUGUAUAUUCGACAAGACACCAUGUAAAUAUGGCGGUAAAUGCAGUAAUGCCCAUAAUAAAAAGCAUGCACAAGAGUAUUCUCAUCCACCGCUGUGUCCACAUGCGGCUAUCAAUAAAAAAUGUGAAUUUAUGAAAGAUCCUGUUCAUUUGAGUUCCUUUGUACAUCUCAGUCAAUGUCAAUAUGGUGGCAAAUGUAGGGCAAUUGAUGAUGAAGAGCAUAGCAGACAAUACGAACAUCCAUCGUAUUGUCCGAAUGGAGGUGAUUGUUCUAAUAUGAAAGACGAACACUUGAAACAAUAUCGGCAUUUACCUCUAUGUCCACAGGGUCAAAAUUGUCUCAAAUAUCAAAAACAUGCCAUGCCACAUUGUAAGGAAUUUCGUCAUUGUGCUCUCGAAUGUCCACAUGGAAAUCAUUGUGCGAAUGUUCAUGAUAAGAAUCAUCAAGAAACAUUUAAACACCCAUUUCCAACACCAUGUUUAAUGACUCCAUUCCACUGUGAUAUGUACUUUGAACUAAUGAUGGCUACAGACCGUAAAAGUCUUUUGCAAGAAAUACAUACUCAUUGUCUGCAUUAUGCUCACGUAUGUCCCUUUGGCCGACAAUGUACCGAUCGAAUGCCUCUGCAUCAAGAAAAAUCAAUACAUAUUGCUCGGCGUUUAUGUCCGAACGGUGAAAAAUGCCAUCAGCUUAGGGAUGAAAAUCAUCUCAAUACUUUUACACACCAAAACAUUGACGAUAUUCGUCGAGUUUGCAAAUACGAGGACGAAUGCCAUGAUCGUCACAAACUCGAUCACAUUAUUAAAUAUCGACAUCCAGUGGAAAAAGAAUUCAGUGGUAUUUUGCUUUUCUGUAACUUAAAUAAGAAAACGAAUUUUGUUGAUAACCAAAAACGUAUGAUUGAUGCUAUCUCGUCUUAUGUUACACGUAAUAAUUGGAAACCACUGCCGUCAGGAAAAGUUCCACGCGAGAUCAUUACUUGGCUGCGUACGGUUCAGCCAGUUCAUCGAUGUAAUCCCAUCAUAUUUGAGUCGAUUCUUUUACACGGACAUGUCAUGAGUCGAGAAUAUAUGGAAAACUUGAAGUAUCCAAAGUUCGUUGCUAACUCGAUUUUGCAACAUAGUCGAAUCAGGCGUAUACAAGAGUUACAGGAAAAAUUCACUGCCAAACAAGCAAAGGAUUUCAUCACUGCUCUGGUCAUCCAAUACUUUGAAAGUCAUGGAUUUAAUCCUAGCGCAACGGCUACGCCUGUUAUUGCACCAGGUGGUCUUGUAGUACCAAAACCCACUGUCGAUCAUGGUGCGUACUAUUCGAAUGAGUUAUCGAUGUUAGAAGCAUACUUUUCCAAGAUAUUGCAAGGCAAGGACUUGAAAGCUAUAAAAGAAAAAACUGAACAGAUCGCCGAGGCUUCAAUGAAACUGAACGCAAAUCCGUCAGGUAUUGGUUAUGAUCAAGACAAAUGUCUUGGAACAGACAAAACAGUUUUCAGCAUCCUUGGACCGCACCUGGGACACUACUAUGGAGAUAUAUUUAUUGUUUUUAAACGAGAAAUUCUUCAUCAUCCAGAUGCCAAUUUCACAAUUCAAGCAGCUACUUCGUUUACUACUGGAAGUGCAUUCAUCACUCGACCAUGGCUUGGUACCGAUCCUGGUUCGAUUCCUGAACGUGUCAAGCUUUACCGCGGCUCGAAAUUUAACGCAUCGAUUCCUGGUUAUGAUUACGCUGUUGCUCUCGAGCUAAUUGCUGUUACAAGUCUCGGCUUGAAGAAAGAAACCAUGGAUAUUGAUUUUGAUCAAGUUUUUGAGCGUUGGUUUCAAGCUGAUUCACAUCUAACGCUUGAAGGGCAUCUGCCACAGUUGAUUCCGUUAGAUUAUAUUGAUCAUGUUUACAUUCCCAAUAAUUUAUAUAACACUCUCAGUCAUGCAUCACAACGGGCUAUCAAUGCUAACUUCAAACACCGCAUUACUGUGAUAGAUCAUGAUGGAGAAACUAAUCAGCCACAUGGACCACGUGGUCCAAAGCCAUCAUCGAAAUCUCGACAGCUUUAUCAAGAGUCUGUCGUUAAGGACUUGCACAAACGAUGUAUAGAACGUAUGAAAAAUCCACCGCCAAGACCCAUCCGCGGUACUGCAAUCACGCUUGCAUCAGUGGACUUCACAGAUCAUUAUGUGUUACCCAUUACUAUUUCGCAAGCCUAUGAUCAAUAUUGCUUAAGUAAAAAACAUCGACCACCACACAACAGUUUUAUUAUUUACUGGCAAUCCAUUGGUGGAGACAUGAUGUUGACACUCUCUAAUGAACCGAUUGAGUCUAGAGAAAAGCAGAAAUAUCUUCGUUGCUUGACUUGCUAUAUUGCACCUAAACCAUCGGUCUCUCAAGGCUCUUACCACGAACAUUAUUCUUAUUUGGACCAUCAUACUCCUUUUCAACAUCACAUUCGAAGGGAACGUGGUCAGUUUGAUGCCAAGUCGAAUCACUUCUAUCUGGGCUGUAAUACCGAUGAUCUGAUGACAUUUGCAUUGGAAGUUCAACGCAUGGAUGGUACAGUCACACUCAGUCAUGCUGGUCCUAAUGCCAUUUAUAAUCAAGAGAAGAUAUCGCAUACAUUCGAUAAAUAUGAGCUUGAUUUGACAAAAUUGAACUUUGUUCAUGUAAGCUCCAGCGCUCAAAUAGUAACUAUACGCAACUUGAUGAUUUGUUUUGAAAAACAAGUCGAUUUGCAUCCCACAUUUGACAAGCAUUUUGAAAAAGAGUCGUCUGCAUCCGGAAAGCAUGAUAACCAUGCUCGGCAUGAAGCAUCAGCUAUCCAGAAUGUCGAUGAUUUCCAUAAGGAGAAGGGCUUGGCAAAGUAUUGGCACAAAGCAAAAGAUAUUGUUCUUGGUGAUAAAAGAUCCACAUUGAUUCCAUGUCAAGAUAAUGUUAAUUGUCUUCUUCAACAUUCUUCAAAACAUCAAGAAGAACAUAAUUCGAAAUAUUCUCAUCCAUGUCGUUUCUCGGAGCUCUGUAAGGACAAAGAGCCACAUUUUACGCAUGAACCUCAUCGAGUACUGAUGUGUAAACAUGAUAAGAAAUGCACUCAACUCGAUGAUGCGUUUCAUCGAGCUGCAUAUCGUCACACAGAUUUACCUGACUUUCUUGUUCCGUGUCGUGAUCAACGCACGUGUCAUGACACAUCAAAAACUCAUCGAAUCAAAUUCUCGCAUGGUGAAGACGUCUAUCCCAAAACGUCGAUAGCAAAGCAGGAAAGUCACACAGAUUCGCCAGCUGCAAGACAAGGAAAAAAAGAUGGACGAGCAUCCUGUCAAUGGGGUUCCAAAUGUCGAGAUAUCACUAAUGCUCAGCAUCGUGCCGAAUAUUCUCAUGAAACGGAUGGCCCAUCGCAUGAAGGACCAUGCAAAUAUGGUGCUACUUGCUAUGAUAACAGUUCAUAUCAUCGAGCAAGAUUUUCGCAUCACAGCAAGCAGUAA